GUGUGUGGUGAGGUGAGAGCUGUUGAGCAAUGGCGUUUCAGAAGGUUUGGUGUGCCCUAGCCCUGGGAUUUCUGCUGCCUUUCUCUGGUGCCCACACAGACUUCUUCACUUCCAUUGGUCAUAUGACAGACUUAAUUAAUACAGAAAAAGAUCUGGUCGUGUCACUCAAAGAUUACAUCAAGGCAGAGGAAAGCAAGCUGGAGCAGAUCAAAAAAUGGGCAGAGAAGUUGGAUCAGCUGACAGAUACUGCCACAAAAGACCCUGAGGGGUUUUUGGGCCACCCUGUGAAUGCAUUCAAGUUGAUGAAACGGCUCAACACAGAGUGGGGUGAGCUGGAGAGCCUGGUCCUCAAGGACAUGUCAGAUGGCUUUAUCUCCAACAUGACAAUCCAGAGGCAGUUCUUCCCCAAUGAUGAGGAUCAGACUGGUGCAGCCAAGGCUCUCCUGCGGCUCCAGGACACCUACAACCUGGACACGGACACCCUCUCAAGAGGGAACCUGCCAGGUGUGAAGCACAAAUCUUUUCUAACAGCUGAAGAUUGCUUUGAGCUGGGGAAGAUUGCCUACACCGAGGCUGACUACUACCACACGGAGCUGUGGAUGGAGCAAGCCCUGAAGCAGCUGGAGUGCAGGCUUGCCCGGAGCCUGACCUUGUCUGUUCCUCUGUCCAUAGAUCCUGAACAUCAAAGAGCAAACGGGAACAUGAAAUACUUUGAGUACAUCAUGGCUAAAGAAAAAGAAGCCAACAAGUCCAGCACGGAUUCGGAAGAGCAGCAGGAGAAGGAAACUGAGGUUAAGAAAAAGGAUUACCUGCCUGAGAGAAGGAAGUACGAAAUGCUGUGCCGUGGGGAGGGGCUCAAAAUGACUCCCCGCAGACAAAAGAGGCUUUUCUGCCGCUACUACGACGGGAACAGGAAUCCCAGGUACAUCCUGGGCCCCGUCAAGCAGGAGGACGAGUGGGACAAGCCUCGCAUCGUUCGCUUCCUGGACAUCAUCUCCGACGAAGAGAUUGAGACAGUGAAGGAGCUGGCAAAGCCCAGGCUGAGCCGUGCUACUGUUCAUGACCCUGAGACUGGGAAACUGACCACAGCACAUUACAGAGUCUCUAAGAGCGCGUGGCUGUCGGGGUACGAGAGCCCGGUGGUGUCCCGCAUCAACACCAGGAUCCAGGACCUGACAGGCCUGGAUGUCUCCACAGCAGAGGAGCUGCAGGUAGCCAACUACGGCGUAGGAGGCCAGUAUGAGCCUCAUUUUGAUUUUGGAAGGAAAGAUGAGCCAGAUGCGUUUAAGGAAUUGGGAACAGGCAACAGAAUUGCUACUUGGUUGUUUUAUAUGAGUGAUGUGUCAGCAGGGGGAGCCACGGUCUUCCCUGAAGUGGGAGCCAGCGUUUGGCCAAGAAAGGGAACAGCUGUGUUCUGGUACAAUCUCUUCCCGAGCGGAGAAGGCGAUUACAGCACGCGGCACGCGGCCUGCCCGGUGCUAGUGGGAAAUAAAUGGGUCUCCAAUAAAUGGCUCCACGAGCGGGGGCAGGAAUUCCGCCGGCCGUGCACGUUAUCGGAGCUGGAAUGAGGCAGCCUGGGCUCCUGUGUACUCCAUGUGUGGGAAAUGCACACACCUGCCAGUUUACAACUGACUAACAAACACUCCACUGCAGGUUCACCCCCGCCCACGCCGCUGUGGCAGCUGUGGACAGGACAAAACGUGCUUUUAGUUCCCUCCAAACCCCCCCCCAAAAAAGGUUUAUCGACAGAAAAUAACGAGGUUGACAAGUGUUACUGGAAAAAAAAAAAAAAGGACAAAAUACAGAUGAGGGCCACAACUUACAGUGGUGUUGUGUGUGGUGUUCCUGUCACCAUCAUCACUCUGAGCAGUGUGGGCAGCCAGGGGUUGUCUGGAGUCCUCCUCACACCUGCCAGGCUUAGGGCAGGAUGGUUGCCUGGGAGGGCUCCCUUCUAAGGAAUGCUGAAUUAAAACCCAUUCCUAUUCCUCAGUUCCCAGACACUCCACUCUUGGCUUUCCUCGAGUGCCUGACCACUGCAGGCACACUUUGUUUUUUCCUCUGGAAAACCAGGUUAUUAGAGUGUUUUAGCCUGGUUUUCCACUUCCACAAAAGCCCCACUUUUUAAACUUGUCUUUCUUCUCAGCCUGUGUGGAGAAUCUGGCUCUUAAUCUUGGCCACACGAGCCAGCAGCUCCACAGGCAGAGUCAGGAUCGUUCCACAGUGUCAGAGCAGCCUGGGAACACCCACAGCCCAUCUCCCCUCCUCUUCUGCAUGUUUGUCCACACAAACAAAUGCUGCUUUUGUUCUGUCCUGGCAGCCAACUCUUCCCUCUGCUCCUUGGGCAGUGGGGACGGGGAUCUUCCCAUCUUCAUUAAUCAAAAUUGUCGUGCCUUAGGACACUGGAAUUUCAAAUUGGUUCUGAGACUUCAGGUGCUGAGGUAACACAGAGUCCUCACAGAACGCUCCCUGCCCUUAUCCUCCUCCCAGCUCUCAAGGUUUCAGGAGAAACUCUCAGCCUAUUUAUAGUCCUGAACCUUUUUUAGAUGCAGGCUCACUUUCCUGAACCCUUUCCCUUUCACAGGAGGAUUUUUAGCAAAAUAUCCUACUCUAUCUCAGUAGCAUGAGGACAAAAAUCAAAGGAAGCUGCACCUGGCCUCUACCUAAACAGUCCAAUUUUCUGGAUGAUGAUGAUGAUUCUACUGAUUUAGGGGUCAAGCCUGAAGUCUUUACCAAGGGAAAAAUUCCAAUUUUGGUUAAUUGGAUUUUCUGCCUCAAUAAAAUCUUGACAAUUGAGCCAAAACGUACAAAACCUAUUGUUAAACGUGCUAGAAAUACCUCUGGAUUAAUGGGAAUGCAGUUUAAGGUACUAGAGUUGGAGGAACUGCAUACUUUUGGAAGACACUUUAAAAAAGGUCUUUGCUGGAAAAUAAUUGUUAAAUUUUUACUGAGCCUGGUAGCAGUGGGACCUUCAGAACUGCCCCUCCUUAGCCCUGCACCUUCCUGAAUUUUGCCUGGCUUUUGGCAGCUGGAAAACAAGGUCCAUCCAUAAUGUGAGAAGUCUGCACAGUCCCACCUCCCACCUGUGCUGCUCCUUUACCUAGAGCAGGAGCUGAUCAAAAAUAAAUUCACCCCAGAGGUGCUGAUCUUUGAGCACUAAAUUGUAAUAAUUAAAAAAAACCCCCAAAUCCAUAAGAUUUAUGCCUGAGUUUUCUCACUUUUCCAUCAGUCUCCCUCUCCAUGGUUCUCUCUUUUCUCUUAGUUUGUGAAGCUCCAAAGAGGUAACUGUGGCUGCAGGUACCUUCCACCACAUCCCUGCAAGUAAAAGGGAACAAUGAACAGUGGGGUGUUGGCAAUCCUGCCUUUGGGGCAUCCAGAAAUGUUUGUAGGGAAGCCAGUCCUGCCUAGUAAAGGAGCACAAAACAAAAUUGCCAUCAGGAACAGGUGUGGAAAACUCUUGCAUUUGCUCUUACUGUCCCAUCUCUGUUCAACAAUCACCAAAGCAUGAAAAAAAAGCCAGAGCUGGGGAAUUUUGUUCAGCAAUUCCCUCCCUCACCUUCAAUACCAGUGAGUACUUCCAGUGUUAGACAGCAUCAGUCUCAGGCAGUGCUUGGGGAGUACAAAUGUUCUGGUGCACGACUUUGGAACAAUAAAUCACUCACAGAUAAUUCUUCAGGAAAGAAUUUUCUACUUUUGACAGCAGAAAAUUUUAUUUGGCUAAAGGAAAAACAAAAAUCUCUCAAAAUUAAAUUUUGAGUCUGCUGAGGCACAUCAGGAAUGUUCCAGAUUAUGACAACAGGGUUGGCUUAGAUUUUUAAAGUGCAGACAACCCCUGUUUCCUCUCUCUCUCCACUGCAGUGGUUCCCAUGCAUCCAAUGCUGACUGUGUAAGGGAUUACACUGGUGCUGCUGCUUCUGCCUUAUCCCAUCAUUUCUCAGAGGGCUUUUGGAUCCCCCAGCGUGGCUCCUGUGUGAAUCUAGUUUUGUAUUAAACAUGAUUGAAAAACUGUCUGGGCUCACAGUGACUGACAACUGAGAAACUGCCUUACUGUUACAUUAUUUUUUUUUUUUUUUGUAAUAAAGUCUUUAAUGUAUUAAAAUAAAAAAAAAGUGAACAGGCUUAAAAUAAAAGCCACUGCCAUUAGCAGUGAGAAAUCCUCCACA